CUGUGUCUGCUCCUCCUGUACAGAUGGUACAGACAGAGCCAGAUACUGGAGAAUACUACAGACAAAUACGUCUUCAUUACUGGAUGUGAUUCAGGAUUUGGGAACAAGCUGGCAAAACAGCUGGAUAAUCGAGGAAUGAAGGUUUUGGCUGCUUGUCUUACGAACACAGGAGCUAGUGAGUUAAAGAAAGAAUGUUCCAGCAGAUUACAAACUGUGAUGUUGGAUGUUGCAGACAGCCAAAGUGUUAGUUCUGCUGCAAAGUGGGUCACUAGCAUUGUUGCAGAUAAAGGUCUUUGGGGGCUAGUGAAUAAUGCUGGAAUUUUAAUCCCUAUGGCCCCCAAUGAAUGGCUGACUAGGGCAGAUUUUCGCAAGGUACUGGACGUCAAUCUCCUGGGGAUGGUAGAUGUUACAAUCAACUUGCUUCCUCUUAUCAGAAAAUCCCAAGGACGCAUUGUCAAUGUAUCUAGUAUUGCAGGAAGGGUAACACUGUGUGGAGGUGGUUACUGCUUAUCCAAGUAUGGAGUAGAAGCUUUUUCUGACAGCCUAAGGAGGGAGCUCAAGCCUUUUGGAGUGAAAGUUUCCAUCAUUAAUCCUGAUUUCUUUAGAACAUCAAUUCUGAUUUCCGAAGUAAUAAAAGCCCGUGUCACAGACAUUUGGAAAAAAACUGCCUCUGAACCUAAAAAAUGCCUAUGGGGAAAAGUAUUAUCAACAAUAUUGUGGAUUUGUUAAUAAGCUAUGUUCCAUGACCAACCCAAAAAUCACAGUUGUUACAGAUUGUAUGGAGCAUGCGCUAACUGCAGUGCACCCAUGGACACGUUACUCUGCUGGCUGGUAUGCCAAACUGAUCUAUAUGCCCUUGUCUUAUCUUCCCUCAUGUGUGGCAGAUUCUUUUCUCGACUCCUCCCCAGAUCUACCUAAAUGA